ACAACAACAACAACAACAAAAAACAAAUAUCAGACAUUACAAGAGUAAAAUUGAAACAACAGUAAGGCUAACGUUUCUUUUCAUGGACUACGUUGUAUAUUUUUGGACACCAGCCUAGAAAAUAGGAAGGAGUUCAACAACUCUAGACUAACUUGGAAACAUCUAAACUGGCCCUAAGAGUGAUUAACACCUAAUAAGUUCUCCUUACAAUAUCACCCCUGAAUCAUACAUUAAGGUCAGGGGAAUAGAGGAAAUGAUCACUAACUAAAUAAGUACGUAUACUUGAAUUUUAAACUGAUCCGCCUCAUCAGCAUCCAAGAAAAUGCGUAUAAUUUUAGGAUUAAGCGAGGUCAGGGAAUAGGAGAAGAAAUAAAGAUAAACAUGAUAAUCCUGUUGCGAAAUCAAUCAAUAUCUCAGCUCUAUCCUAGUGAAUAAACAUCACAAGAUGCAAAUUUGUUUCAAUGGAAGACCCAAGACAAUAGGUCGGAUAACUACUACGUAACAAUACUCAACAAAAAACAAAUCUCAGUUACUGACCUUGCGGUAAAUCAUUGCUGAUAAAACAAUCUGAUCUAAUCCAAGCAAGAAGUAAGGUUCUCACGAAUAUAAGGAGAUUGACGUUUUGUCUCGAUGCUACGAAAAAAGCUUCCAACAUGGAGACGCUAUCUCACAGUGGAGCCCGUAAUAUUUUUCUACGCCUACGGUCUGGUGAUGAGCAGGCCGAUAUUUGGACAGUAUGUGUACAGCGUCAUCAGCCAAUUGAAGGGUUUCCCCUACGAACAGUUGCUGUUGGAAAAAGAAGGGCUGGGAUGUCAAGAACAUUUUGCUGGUGCAAACAAUACUUUGGUGGAUCUGGAAAAAGAGGUACAAAGUCUUGCAACUAAAAUCGACACAGGAAACAUGUUCUUCUUGGCCAUUCCUUCGCUCAUAAUGGCACCAUUUUGGGGUCCCUGGACUGACAAAUCUCACCGGAGGAAACCCGCUCUCCUCGCCCCUGUGAUUGGUGCAUUUCUUGGCAGUGUGGUCAUGCUCAUGGUCAUGUACUUUGAAUGGCCGCUGUACGUGACGUUUAUUGGCUCAGCGCUAACUGGAUUAUCUGGUUUUCUAACGACCCUCUCGUUAGCAGUAAUGUCGUAUAUCGCUGAUACCACUGAAAAGAACGAGGUCGCUUUUCGGCUUGCCAUCAUACAGAUGCUUAUCUUCAUGGGAGGUGUCGUGAGCCAGUUGACCAGUGGUUUCUGGAUCCACAGAUUCGGAUUCAUCAUACCUACGUGGAUCAUCCUGGGAUGUAAUUUAAUAUCUGGCCUCUGGGUCAUCUUCCUAGUUCCGGAAAGCCACGAGAAAGCUAGCCACGAGAAACACAAUUUCUUCGAUAUCAAGAGCUUAAAGGUUCUUGUCAACGUCUUUAGAAAGGAAAGGGAAGUCGGAAGGAAAAGUUUGCUUCUACUCGUUGUCCUUGGCGCUAUUAUCACCCUAACAACAAUGGGCCUUGGAGGUGUAACUGAUCUUUUCGUCAUGAGGAGCCCCCUUUGUUUUGGUCCCAAACUCGUUGGGUAUUUUUUGGCAUACAGAAUGUUCUUCAGUGGAGUUGGAGGAGCCGUUGGUGUCAAGUUGCUUGGGAAGUUUUUCAGCGAGUUAACUGCUUGCGGAAUAUCAAUUGUCAGUCAGAUUGGUGAAAUGGUGCUCCUAGCGUUCUCAACUCGCACCUGGUUGGUUUUUGUUGCACCAAUGCUGGGCUGCUUUAAAUCAUCUGUCAACCCAAUUAUCGCGAGUAUUUUGUCAAGGAUAGUUGGUGAUGACGAGCAAGGUUCCUUGUUUUGUACUAUUGGCAUGAUUAACAUCUUCUCCCAAUUCCUGGGUGUGAUGUUAUUUAACAACGUAUACGAACGCACCCUCCACCUCACAUUUGGUGGUUUCGUGUUCCUUCUAUGCGCUGCCAUAAAGCUGAUUCCUUUCUGUUUCUUCAGGUGCGUACAGGUGCCACCAACUAAAGAACGUCAAGAAAUAAGAGAAGAAAUGAAACUGAAGGAUGAUGAAAAAAAUGGUAAUAAACAAGAAGACAAGUUGUUCGAGGAAAACGGAAAAGUCGAAGACCAAGAAAACGAAAAUGAAAUGGAAAUGACAGAUCAGCAGAAGCCGACGUGUUUGACCCAGACAAAAUAGAGCUUGUAAAUCCAACAGAGGACUAGGAAUAUCCACCGGAAAUGUUAGGAAAACAAAGCAGAAAAACAGGCCGACGGCCGGACAGACAGACAGACAGACAGACAGUCAGACAGUCAGCAG